AUGGUUGAACCGGAGAAUCUCAUGGAGGAAGACGCAGACACAGGUCUCUGGCCCACUCAAUCACAACAGGAACAGCAACUCCCCCCUCAUGAAGCCGGUCACCUCUUCCGUCAGCUUGGACGCAAUCCGCCACCGCGCCGACAGCAGAAACUUUUAGAACUUCGCAUCAACCCCCCUCAACCACCGGCUCCGACACCUACAGAAGACACCCAGGCCCCGAGCCAUGGAUUCGACCUCGGUAUUGAGAUCCCCUCCUUCCUCGCAUUCGGCAGUUCCCCCUCCUCCCCCCCCCACCUUUUCCUUCCACCGGCCCCCCCAACCAAACAGGCAGCGCCUGAGUCGGAGAGCGAGGAUCCUAUAGGACUUGUCGAUGACGAUCAGUUCUUUGAAGCAUCCGACGGCAGCCACUCUAUGCACGGAGACCACAACGACGAUAGCAAUAACAAGAACGAUCUUUACAAUGAAUAG